AUUAGGGUUUAGAGUGUUAAACCUAGCUCGCCUCUCUUUACAUUUCUCUUUCUUUCUCACACCCUAUCUUUCUCGGCAGAGAUAUUGUGACUUCUAGGACAGAGAAACCCUAGAAUCCCCACUCGGCCAAAAUGGGUAUCUCUCGUGAUUCCAUGCACAAGAGACGUGCCACUGGAGGAAAGAAGAAGGCUUGGAGGAAGAAGCGAAAGUACGAGCUUGGAAGGCAACCUGCAAACACAAAGCUGUCAAGCAACAAGACAGUUAGAAGAAUUAGGGUUCGAGGAGGAAACGUGAAGUGGCGUGCUCUGAGACUUGAUACUGGCAACUUCUCGUGGGGGAGUGAGGCCGUGACCCGGAAGACACGUCUUCUUGAUGUGGUCUACAAUGCAUCCAACAAUGAGUUGGUUCGUACUCAGACUUUGGUGAAGAGUGCUAUAGUUCAGGUUGAUGCUGCACCAUUCAAGCAGUGGUAUCUCCAGCACUAUGGAGUUGAAAUUGGUCGCAAGAAGAAAACUACAGCUUCCACCAAGAAAGAAGGAGAGGAGGGUGAAGCUGCUGCUGCCACCGCCACCACUGAGGAGGUGAAGAAGAGCAACCAUGUCCAGAGAAAGCUAGAGAAGCGCCAACAGAAUCGCAAGCUUGACUCACAUAUUGAAGAGCAAUUUGGUGGUGGACGUUUGUUAGCUUGUAUCUCAUCACGACCUGGUCAGUGUGGCCGUGCUGAUGGAUAUAUACUGGAAGGCAAAGAGCUUGAGUUCUACAUGAAGAAGAUCCAGAGGAAGAAGGGCAAGGCUGGUGCAGCCUAAAUUUUGUUACUUGAACUACAUCCUUCAUAGCUGAAUGUCUUUUUUGUUCACUUUAUUUUAUUUCUCCCCCAGACAUUGAACUUAAGUUGAUAUGCUCCAUUUUGCCAGAAAGCCUUUUGCUUGUGUUAAGUUUGACUUAAUUGGGAUAUUAUUAGUUUUCCUUCUGUGAUAAGAACGUUUUAUAACUAUUACUGUUGUGAUCAAUACUUCAACCACCUUUAAAUGGAUGUCCCAGAUUGUGUUUUCUGGGAGCUUUUCAUCUGAA